AUGCAGUCCUUCGACGGGGCGGGCCUUUUUCCACUGGACGCAGCGCAAGCUAAACAGAUGGCGGCAAUAAAUGCCGCAAACAAUUUGAGAAACAGGUCAACUAGUUUCCUCGGAGAAUCCUCGACUCUUCUCCAAGAUCCUGCUGCCAUGGCCCAAAGACCGCAACAACCGCCUCCUUCCCGACAACAUGGCUUUUUGGUAUCCCUAGCCGGCGUUAUGGCUAAGCGCAAUACACCUCUUCCACCCGCAUUGACUGGUGUUCAAACCCCAGGAUAUGAUGCUUUGAGUUCGACCUGGCAAAUGCUCGACAUUCCCGAUGUCGGGGUUAUCCGCAUUGCUGGCAGGGAUAUCGAGCUGUUAAAGCUUUGGGGACUUGUCAAACAAAGCGGAGGUGGUCAGCAUCUCACCACCCAGAACCUCUGGGUAAACAUACUGCCAUCCUUUCAAUUGACGGAGGAAACGCUGCCAACCGGGCUGACUGUGACCCAAACGCUUGCCACAUACUAUCAGAAUAUUCUGCUCCCCUUGGAGGAGGUAUAUCGCAACAAUAUGCAAGGGAAAGUCCAUGGUGUUCAGCGUCAACCAUUACCUGAAACACCCGCCCGGCGCCUUUCUUCUGCCAGCCAGGGAAGCGUUCAAAACCCCGAGGGAACUCUGGAGAAUAACGAUCAGGAUCUCGGUCUCAAACGAAAGCUAGAGUCGGAAGAAGGAGACGUUAAACGGGCGAGGCAAAAGACCGGUGCGUGUACACAAUCAUUUGACGAGCAAAAACAAGCACGCUAA